AUGGUGCACAAGGCGUACAUCUCAAUGCUGCUCUUGGCCCUGAGCUGCACAGGAUUGAUCCAUGUUCAGAGUGCCCCCGCAUCGACUCGACCACAGCCCCUCGAAGCUAAAGUCGACAUGGCUGGCAUCAAGGGAACAUUUUUGUUUACUCCUCUGAAACACAGCGAUACCGGCGCCACGGUGAGAAUCCACAUCCAAAGCGGACUCACGAAACAAUUUGCAGUCCUGCCAACAGUCGGGUUUGAAUAUCAUAUCCAUCUCGAACCCGUCGGACCAGGCGGAGACUGCGCGGCAACUUUGGGCCACCUUGACCCGGCCAACGUCGGCGAGGGAAAAUGUGACCCGGCUGUACCGGAGAAGUGCCAAGAAGGAGACCUCUCAGGCAAGCAUGGCAACUUGCUGCCGACUAAGAGCGGCGCUAUUUCAACCAUCAAGUACGUUGACCACCAGCUUGCCUUCAAGGGAGCUAAGACAACAAUUGCCGGUAGAUCGAUCGUGAUUCACAACAACGGCACCCGCAUUGCUUGUGCAAACAUUUUACCAGUGGGAACUGCCAGACAGAAGACUGGCAGCGACUCGGGAUCUCAGAAGGAGGAGAGUACCUAG